AUGGCCCGCAUUUACCACGACCAGCCUGCAAUCCGCGAGCACAAAGAGAAGAUAACUUGGGGGCUUAUCAAACGCGGCGUGGUCAACGUCAACGUUCUUGUCGGGGCCUGGAUAUACAUCUGUGACCAAAUCACGGUGCAAGGCCUGUCAAUCUUCACGGUCACGAUUCUCAAACUCAACUAUCCAGGCCGCUCGACUGUGGAAAUUCAGCUGUUGUCGGUGCCUCCGCCCAUCGUCGGAAUGAUCUUUGGCCUCGUCGUCGCAUAUAUCACUAUGAAAACGCGCAUGCACGGAGUCGCCAUUGCCGUGUGCGCGACCCUGAAUGUCAUCGGAUAUUCCAUAUGGCUGGCCUCAAAAAAUGUGCAAGCGAGAUAUGCCGCGAUUUUCCUCAACACCGCGGGAGGGUACAGUUUUGGCACACUGAUUCUCAGCUGGACUCUGGCCAAUGCAGCCCCUGAUACAAUGCGAAACGUAGCAAAUGGCGCUGUUUCUGGCCUGGCCAACAUCGGGUCGAUCACCGCCACCUGGAGUUACAUCAACACCGAUGCGAAGACAGGCUAUCACAUCGGCAAUAGUCUGAAUACGGCUACUGCAGCAUCUGUUAUCGUUGCAUCCCUAGGUCUAGCAGUCUAUCAGAAAUGGGAGAAUGAAAAGCGUGCUCAAGGCGGACGUGACUAUAGACUGGAGGCCCCCGCAAACAGGGUUGCUACACUUGGUCAUCUCCAUCCAGAGUUCAGGUAUAUCAACUGA